AUGAACCAAACUUUUCAAGAUGUUUCUACCAAAGCCAAUAACAAGUCCACUCGGGCUGCUCGUCCAUUUCGUCAAAUCCCCACAGAAUUAGAUUUGAACAACAUUUAUUAUCCAAAAUACCAUAUCACCGAACUUAUCUCAACUAAGGCACAACAAAGUGUAGACACACAUAUAAGGCGUCCUCCAAAUGGGUUCUUUCUCAUGAAAAACUGUUACAUGUUGGAAUUGAGGAAGUUGGGAUAUCGAUACACGAUGCCGGAGAUUUGCCGGCAUUCAAAAAAAAUCUGGUCCGAAUUACCCCAGCAUGCGAAAAAAACUUAUGAGCGCUUAUCGAUUCAAAGUCAAUGCGUACAUAACGAAAAAUAUCCAAAUUACAAAUUUGAGCCCAAAAAAAAACGGAACAAUUCCUUCAAAUCAUACACGCCCAAAACCGAGGAUCCUAUGCAAAAAAGUUUUUCUGCUUUUAGUACGACUAACAUUCUUGGUACCAGUAAUAAUCUUUCAGAAAAAGAUUCAUGUUCGUCGAAUUUUCUGCUAUCGACUGAGUCGUCUGAGUCUGAGAGUUUUAGUACCAGUAAUUUUCCUUCAGACAAAGAUUCAUUUUCGUCGAAUUCUUUACUAUCUGAGUCUGAGAUUUUUGAUGACAGUAAUCUUCUUUCGGAUAAUGACUCAAAUUUAUCGAAUUCUUUAUUAUCUGAGUCUAAAAUUUUUGGUGCUUGUAAUCUUCUUUCAGACAAAGACUCAAUUUUAUCGAAUUUUCUACUAUCUGAGUCUGAAAUUUCUUCAGUUAGCUCUGGUUCUAGUCCCACAAAUUCUUUAGAAAUAACUGCUUUCCAGAUGAAUUCUUCUUUAGGAGAAUUUUCUUUAGAAUCAUUCCCCUCAUCAGAAUCAAUUUCAUUAGAGUCACAAUUAGAAUUGAAUAAUGAGUUUGGUAUAUUUGAACCUUUUUUGGAGAAUUCAGAGGGCAUACAAACUUUGCCAUUAUCAAUUCCGUGGAAUUUUUUAAGCUAUUUAAAUAUCCCAAAUAAUAACGAUUGUUAUGUAUAUAAUUGUUUUCCUUUCAUAAGUGAUGAUAACGAUUUGCAACAAGAUUUUGUUGGAUCCGAAACACUUUCAAAUUAUGUUUCUUCUAUAUGA